CUCCACUCUUCAAUAGUUUGGUGAGAUUUAGUUACCAUCAACCUUUCCGCUAACCAAAUUUCAGCCAUUAACCGGCAUUACAGGUCAACGGGUGUUAACUUUUUGUAAAGAAAAUGAAUGCAGACUCAACGUGGCCUGAUUUUGAAAAAGACCCAAGCGCCGAAGAAUUCCGUAAACUUUUUGUUGGUGGCUUAGAUACUAAAACUACAGAAGAAACGUUAAAAGAUUAUUUCUCGAGCUAUGGAACAAUUGAAACAUGUGAAAUUAUGAAAGACAGAAGUACCCCUCCAAAGUCAAAGGGGUUCGGGUUCAUCACAUUCAAGAACCCAGAUAACAUAGAUGAGAUUCAGAAGAACCGUCCCCAUGAAAUUGAUGGAAGGAAAAUCGAAUCAAAGCGUGCAACACCCAAGCAGCAACAAUAUUGGGCAACAAAGAAGUUGUACAUCAAGGAUUUCCCUAAGGAUCAGAAAGAGGAAGACCUUGUUGAGGAAAUGAAAGAUGUGUUUGGUCGCUAUGGUAACAUCCUAAACAUUAAACUAAUAAAGGAAAAGGAUGCCAAGGAGAACAAUUUGAAGGGGUUCGGUUUUAUCGAGUUUGAUGAUGAAGACCCAGUUGAUAAAUGCAACUUGAUGAGAAAGUUCAAGAUCCGAGGCAAUGAAGCCCAUGUAUCUAAAGCAUACCCUCAGGAAUCUAACCGUGCUGGUGGACGUGGGGGAAGAGGAUACGGUUACUAUGGUGAUUAUGACAUGUACCCGCCAUUUGAUUUCUAUGGGUAUCAGCCACGCCCAUAUGGACGUCAGUAUGGAGGCAGAGGUGACUACGGAGGUUACGGUGGUUAUGACUAUUACCAACAAGGGCGAGGUUACUCCCGCGGUGGUGGCGGCGGUGGCCGCCCAUACAGAGGGGGGAGAUAUUAGAAUCUUGCGCCCAAAUAAAGUUUUUGUUAACACGUGGUCACAGUUGUUGUUAAAUAGUCAAUCCGGAUUUCAUCAAAAUAUUGAAAAAGAACCGUUGAAAAAUUUUCUUAAAAAACUGUAAAUAAAUUUUUUUCUUCAUUUCUCUUAAUCUCGAAAACAUACAAGUUAUUCCAGAAAUAAAGCGUUACCAUUCAACAAGAAAGGAAAGAUCUGUCUCGACUUCAGGGAUUUGAUGUAAAGUGUGAAUUUUUUUGACGCCAGUGUUGAAAUAAAGUGUUCAUCAUCAGACGGGGGAAGAUUUUAAUCAUUUUCAUCACGAUCAAUAUCAUUUUAUCAUCAUCGUCAUCAUCAGAGUGUCUGAGACGUUCUAGAGAUUUAUUUUGUAAAAAUCUCUACGUUUUAUAUCAAUGGCAGCUUUUGGCUGUUAUAUUCUAAUUUUGUAUGUUUUUUUGCAAUCCCUCCAUUGUGCAAGGGAUUUCUGGUUUGAGCUAGUACUGUUCUGCUCUCUGUGCGAGGCUAACGUUAAUGGAAUAGUACUGAAUCAAACCGUUAAUAAAUGACAUCUUGUGUGCUAUAUUUUGUUUUUUACAUUUGUAUUUUUCAUUUGUAUAUGAUUAUCAUAUAGAACAUACAAAUUGUGUUCCAACUGUUACUGAUGUGUAUAUAUACGUAUUUUGUAUAGUUUGCAAUUUUAUGCAGAUGUGUACGAAGAAAGGUUGAAGAUUCUUCACAUGCCAAAAGCACGCAUUAAACAAACUGGCACCUUCUUAGUUGUAUUUAAAGUUUGUUGAGGGAAUUUCAGAUUUUAACUAGCUUGAAAUCAAUUUUGGGAUGUGAUUAUCUUUUAGGUUGGCAUAUGCAGAUGAAAAAACAAACGAUAAUUUUUUUUCUGAGACGAAAAUUUCUAGGGGAAAAGAAUAUAUAUUUUCGGCAGAUCUUGGAAAUGGUUUGAAAUUAAUAUCUUGAUGGGGUUCGAUUGAUUUUUUAACAACAAAUAUGUUAUAAUUGUUAAGUCUCGCGAUCAACUUAAAGAAGUGCAUUUAUAUACAUGGGUCUGUGAAAUAGGUCUUAAUUAAACAAAUCGGAGGAUCUUACAGGAAAUGUUGACGGAACAAAUAAAAUGUUUGGAAAUAAUUGGAUAUUCUUUGUUUAAAAUUGAAAUUUUUGAAUUUAUUUAACUGAUUUAGCUUUUAUAAAUCCUUGUGCAAUCAGGUUAUUGGAGAACAAAUUGAUUUAGAAAAAGGGGUUAACAUCGCAUGUUUCAGUUGUUUUAGAGCACGGAAUGAGAAAAAGAUUUUCUAUUUCUUUAAUUAAGAAGUUUGAAUUUCAGUUGUUACCUGUGUAAUAGAAUCAUGUGUUAAUUAUCAUAUCUACAUACAUUAUUGUACAAGAAGUAACAGAACUUGUAUAUAUAUAUAUGAGACCAUGUUGUCAUUUUUGUAUGUACUACAAUUGUGUAGCAAAAAAAUAAAUGCUACAUGGUUUACAUAAAAAUA